GAAUCGUUGUUUACGUUCGCGGCUGACGUCACCUCCGGUCGCAUGGCGCGCUGCUUCAGUUCAGUCACACUGUAGGAGAGCUGCACAAUAACGCCUUUAAAAAUUCACACCAAAGAAGAUUUGUCAUAACACAUCCCGUCAUGUCUGUGAAUGAGAGCCUGUAUAACUGUGAGGAUGAAGCUGUGUGGAGAGCAGUUCAUGGAAAAUACUGGACUGUAGUAGAAGCCAAGUCAGCUGUGAAGGGGAAGACAUCUGGAAAACUCUUGCAACUGGACAGAUGGUUUGAGUUCUUGCAAGCACACACCAAAAAUAACUUUUUGCAUUCUGUCAGGUUUCAGGAGGAGCUGCCAGCAGCGAUCUCAGCCCGAUCCGAGCGUUUCCUCACACACGCUGAGCUCGUCAAGAUCAUGGAGUGGAAACUGACUAAAGGGAAGUUCAGGCCUCGUUUGAAGCAGCUAAUUGGCUCAAACAGCGAGGAGGCAGUUCAAAGCUCGACCAGCAAAGCUUUCGGUUUGUUGCCUGACGUCCAAGCGGCGAUUACAGAGCUGUGCAAACUCAAAGGUGUCGGGCCAGCUACGGCAUCAGCCGUGCUGGCGGCCGGAGCUCCGGGUGAAGUGGCCUUCAUGGCUGAUGAAGCAGUGGAGAGCAUCGCCGAGCUCAGACCGGUCGAGUACACGGCCAAACAUUAUGCACUUUUCCUCCAGAAAAUACUGAACAAGACAUCCCAGCUUAAUAAAGCGGACGGCCAGCGGGACUGGACUCCUCACAGGGUGGAGCAGUGUUUAUGGGCCUGGGCCGUGGCCAAUCAGAUUCAGCCCUCGUUAUUACAGGAGUUUCGUCUGAUGAAUGCAACACACACUGUGGCCAAUCAGAAGCCAGAGAAGAGGAAGAGAGCUGAUGAAGAGCCCUCGAAGAGACAGAAGAAGGAGAGAUCUUGAAGAGCAGCACUUCUCUGUUAUUAUCUGGAUAAUAUUUUAUUCAGCACUUUCCUUUGCAAAAGUAUGCCUUUUUGAGAUAUUACUCCAAGAUCACGAAAUGCACUUCACAAUUGCUUUUCUGAAUUUGUAAUUGUUUAUGUAUAAAUGGUUCACUAAAGCAAUAAAUCCUUUGUAAAGAU